GUCAAUCUCAGCUGCGGGCCCCAGCUCUUCCGCUGCUCUAGCUCUGGCUCUCCCUUGAACAGCUCCUAGAGAGAACAAGGCGUGCGGAGCUCGGAUCACCAGCAUCAUGCUCCUUGGGCUUGGAUCGUAGAUCCCCCUCUUUGAACACUAAAAUAACUCAUUCGUCCAUCAGCGUCCCAGGCAGACCCAGCGAGAAAACGCACACGUGAGAGAGAGAGGAAAGAAAGAGGAAGAAGAGAAAAAUCCGCAACCAAGUGGACUAAAGCAAAGAAAAAGAGUGCUUUGCUUGCACAGCUGCAAAGUGGGAAUUUAAAGAACUGCAGAGGGAGAAAUUCCAGCUCAUCAGCACAUACACAUUGCAGAAUUACAGAUCCAGGUAGAAAUGACAUCAACAGGGAAAGAAGGCAGCGGAGCUCAACAUGCACAAUAUGUUGGACCCUAUCGUUUGGAGAAAACCCUAGGAAAAGGACAGACAGGGCUUGUGAAGUUGGGGGUUCACUGUGUCACAUGUCAGAAGGUCGCGAUAAAAAUUGUCAACAGAGAGAAGCUCAGCGAGUCGGUGCUAAUGAAGGUGGAGCGGGAAAUAGCCAUCCUGAAGUUGAUAGAACAUCCCCACGUUUUAAAGCUGCAUGAUGUUUAUGAAAAUAAAAAAUAUUUGUAUUUGGUGCUAGAACAUGUGUCAGGUGGGGAGCUCUUCGACUAUCUCGUAAAAAAGGGAAGAUUGACACCAAAAGAAGCCAGGAAGUUCUUCCGACAAAUCAUCUCUGCUUUAGACUUCUGCCAUAGUCAUUCAAUAUGCCACAGGGACUUAAAACCAGAAAACCUACUGCUGGAUGAAAAGAACAACAUUCGGAUAGCAGACUUUGGGAUGGCAUCGCUGCAGGUUGGGGACAGCUUGUUAGAAACCAGUUGUGGAUCACCACAUUAUGCUUGCCCUGAAGUCAUCCGGGGUGAAAAAUAUGAUGGAAGGAAAGCAGACGUCUGGAGCUGUGGAGUCAUUUUAUUUGCAUUGCUCGUGGGUGCUCUGCCUUUCGAUGACGACAACUUGCGGCAACUGUUGGAGAAGGUGAAACGUGGAGUGUUCCACAUGCCACAUUUUAUCCCCCCAGACUGUCAGAACCUUUUGCGGGGGAUGAUUGAAGUGGACGCCUCGAAACGUCUCACGCUAGAACAUAUUCAGAAACACAUCUGGUAUAUAGGGGGUAAGAAUGAGCCAGAACCAGAGCAACCAAUCCCUCGAAAGGUGCAGAUUCGUUCUCUCCCUUCCUUGGAGGAUAUUGAUCCAGACGUGUUAGAUAGCAUGCACUCGUUAGGCUGCUUCCGUGACCGAAAUAAACUCUUACAGGACUUGUUGUCGGAAGAAGAAAACCAAGAGAAAAUGAUUUAUUUUCUUCUGCUUGACCGGAAGGAGAGGUAUCCUAGUCAUGAAGAUGAGGAUCUUCCCCCUAGAAAUGAAAUAGAUCCCCCCAGGAAGCGUGUGGACUCCCCAAUGCUGAACAGGCAUGGGAAGCGGCGGCCAGAAAGGAAGUCGAUGGAGGUUCUCAGUGUGACAGAUGGCGGCUCCCCAGUCCCUGCUCGCAGAGCUAUUGAAAUGGCACAACAUGGACAGAGUAAAACAAUGUUCAGUAAAAGCCUGGAUAUCUCUGAAGCCAAUCCCAAAUUCAACAAAGAAGAAAGGAUGGCGAGUGCUGAUCCAUUGGGGUCUCGAUCAAUCAGCGGAGCGUCGUCUGGGCUCUCCACCAGUCCUCUCAGCAGUCCAAGGCCUAUCAGAAAGUUCUUCAUCCCCCCUCAGACCUCCGACCUCCCUUUCUCUCCCCGACCCCAAGUCUCCUUGGACCCUGAUGCUUGUAGGAACGCCUCCAGGCCUGGACAUGUACUCCAACCAAAGCCAGCACUUCAGCCCAACCCAAAGACGCAGACUUUGCCAUCCAAGAGCAAAUUGGCCGAAAAACCACUCCAGUCUACUAAAUCCAACCCACUCCCUACCAGCAAUACCAGCGCCCCCUCUUCCCAGAACACCCCUGUGCAGAAUGCUCAGGGCCGCUCGCCUGGUGCCGGCUUUAACCCACAGCUGGCUGUUCCUAAAGUGCAGACCAACCCUAUGUCUCCUGUUAGAUUGCUCCCUUCUAGUACUGACCCAAGCACCAAAUCUAUCCCCAUCAUACAGGUCACCCCUCACCCCUCUCCAAGGGGAAGUCCCCUCCCUACCCCCAAGGGGACACCUGUCCAUACGCCAAAGGAGAGCCCAGCAGGCACACCCAACCCAACACCGCCAUCCAGCCCCAGCAUUGGAGGAAUGCCAUGGAGGACACGGCUCAACUCAAUCAAGAAUAGUUUCCUGGGGUCUCCUCGCUUCCAUCGCCGGAAAUUGCAAGUACCUACACCAGAGGAGAUGUCUAAUUUAACCCCAGAAUCAUCCCCAGAGCUUGCCAAAAAAUCCUGGUUUGGUAACUUCAUCAACUUGGAGAAAGAAGAACAGAUUUUUGUCGUCAUUAAGGACAAACCACUAAGCUCCAUUAAGGCUGAUAUUGUCCACGCUUUCCUCUCGAUUCCAAGCCUCAGUCACAGUGUCAUCUCACAGACAAGUUUUCGUGCAGAAUAUAAGUCCACAGGAGGUCCGGCUGUCUUCCAGAAGCCAGUGAAGUUCCAGGUGGACAUAACAUACACAGAAGGGGGAGAGGCACAGAAGGAGAAUGGGAUCUAUUCUGUCACUUUCACACUCUUAUCAGGUCCAAGCCGUCGUUUUAAGAGGGUAGUAGAAACCAUUCAGGCACAGUUGUUAAGCACACAUGACCAGCCUUCAGUGCAGCAGUUAUCAGACACCACUAACUGUAUGGAGUUGAUGACUGGCAGACUUUCCAAAUGUGGCAGCCCAUUGAGUAACUUCUUUGACGUAAUUAAACAACUUUUUUCAGACGAGAAGAACGGGCAGGUGAGCCAUCCCCCCGGCACGCCAACCAAGCAUAGCGCAAACAGCAAGCGGAGCGAUUCCGGUUCUAAUGACUAUGGGUCUAGAGGAGACAAUAAGUACCCUGCUGGCAAAGACAAGGCAAAGAUGGUCUCAUCAGUCGGCCUACAAGACCAACCUUAAAUAAACACAUAAAAAAUUAAAUAACUUAGAAAAAAAAACAAAAACAAAAAAGCAAGAAAGAAUGAAAGAAUAUUCCUUAGCAAGCUAGCCUCUAAACUAGAAGGAUGUAUAUACCUUGCCACAACAGUACAAAACUGUCUAUAGACAAAUUUUGUAUGAAGGAAUGACUGUAUAUAUAUACAUAUAUAUAUUUAUAUAUGAUAUAUAAUAUAUAUCUCAGAAACAAACACAAAAACAAAUGAAUGAAAGAAUGAAAUGAAAAGAAAGAAAAGAAAAGGUAGCACAGAUGACAAACCCAGUUCACCAGAUCUUGGGUUGUGUUUUUUUCGAUUGGUUUUUUUUCCUCCCUUUUUUUGAAUGUUUUGCUUUUUUUCUCCUUCCUGAUUUUUUGGGUUUUUUAUUAUUACUAUUAUUUUUUGUUUCCUUUUGUUUUGUUUCUUGUUCUGUUCAUGCUCUCUCUGUGUUUCUGACGACACCACUUGUUUCCGCUCUGCUACCAGGAAUUAUCCCGAAAAGUUAACAUGUCAGCCACGGCUUCACCUUCUGUGCUCUGCGGACACUUGUUGAUGGAAGGCAACCGAUGUAGACUGUCCAAGGACCAGUCCUGUUUGAGGUUCCCAGCCUCCCCUCUCCCUUCAGGAAGUGGGUUUCUCCCCACUUCUCCCCAAACACCUCCCCAGUGCACGCCUUUUUUCCUCCCCCCACCCACCUCUUUUUCUUUUUUGGUGCUCCACAA